AGUGUUUCUUAAAAAAAGAAACAAAUUGUCUGUGGUCAACAUUUAAAGAAUGAUGUAAAAUGAGAGGUCGUGCAAAUUUUCCGAUCUAAAUAUUUUUGCAAAUAGCUUUUUAAUGUAGUGAUAAGUGUAGUGUUAUUAAUAAACAAAUCAGUUAAAUGACGUGACAGUGACUGAAAAUGCAGUUCUACAAGGAAAGGAUUCUUAACGCUGCCCAGUUAAAAAGACUUAGUGAACACAAAUAUUCUUGCACCAGUGCGAGUAUACUAGACGCCUGGCUCCAACCGUGGUGGUGCUGGCUGGUUUCGAAGACGCCGCUAUGGCUGGCGCCGAAUCUCAUUACUAUAUUAGGUUUAAUAGUCAAUAUCGUCACCACACUUAUUUUAAUUUGGUAUAGCCCGGACGCGCGGCAAGAGCCGCCGCGAUGGGCGUGCGCCCUGUGCGCGCUGGGGGUGUUCGUGUACCAGAGCCUGGACGCCAUAGACGGCAAGCAGGCGCGGCGCACCGGCAGCCAGUCGCCGCUGGGCGAGCUGUUCGACCACGGCUGCGACAGCAUCUCCACCGUCUUCAUAGCGCUCGGCGCCUGCAUAGCUGUCAAGCUCGGCGAUUAUCCUACUUGGAUGUUCUUCCAGUGUUUUUGCGCCAUGACGCUGUUCUACUGCGCGCACUGGCAAGCCUACGUCACUGGCACGCUCAAAAUGGGGCGCAUUGACGUCACAGAGGCGCAAUAUGCCAUUAUUCUCAUACACCUCAUAUCCGCUAUAUUAGGACCCGAUUUCUGGACCACUCAGAUCCCGACUCUCAACGUCAGUGUCAAUCUCGUAUCCAACUACGGCGUGGUGUUGAUGACUUUGACUGUCGUCUUCUCGUACGUUAAACUCAUAAUGAAAGGCGGAGUUGGCAAGAACGGCUCCACCGUCGCAGGCACCAGCAUCCUGUCGCCCGUGAUCCCGUUCUCGCUGGUGGUGGUGCCGGCCUUCAUCAUAUUCCAGAAGAGCGAGUCGCACGUGUACGAGAACCAUCCCGCGCUCUACAUCCUCGCCUUUGGCAUGGUCGCUGCCAAAGUCACCAAUAGGCUGGUGGUGGCUCACAUGACCAAGAGCGAGAUGGAGCUAUACGACUGGUCGCUGCUGGGGCCGGCGAUGCUGUUCCUCAACCAAUACUUCAACAACGCGAUACCAGAGUACUACGUGCUGUGGUUAUGUACUCUAUGGGUGUACGCGGAUUUAAUGCGCUACUGCGGGCAGAUCUGCUUCGAGAUCUGCGAGCACUUGCGGAUCCGACUGUUCCGCAUCCCCUACCCGCCGCACGCGCCGCACCUUCCGCACGCGCCGCACCUUCCGCACGUUCCGCACGCGGACCCCAAGCCGGAGCGCAACGGGACCAGUGACAGUGAGAAAUCGGAGAGUGAAGACUCCGCGCCGCUAUUAAAUAACAACAGUAUUAGUUAACCGUAGAAAUAAGUAGUGAUAUUACUAAACGUGGAAUCAAAACUUAGGCAUUGACAUGUAGAAAUGACUUGUCAUGUAGGAUAGAAACUAAAAUAGAAAAUCCUGUUAUAAUAAUAUGUAACCAGUAAAAUGGUAAGGCUAGGGACAAAUACAUAUAGCGAAUAUUAUCUUUGGCUUUUUAUCCGUGCCUAGCCUAACUUUUCCAUACGACACAUUUAGGGUUUUCCGCUAGAUUUAUCCCCCGUAAAGCUGAAUUUAAUAUAUUUUUAAAUACGAUGUUGAUUAAGAUAAAAUAUAUUAAAUAAUUCCAUCUGACUAAAUAAUUAAACUACGAAUAAAAAUAUUUCCUCCCUAACCAAUAAAGACGUUUACUGCUGGAUACAAGCUGGACUUCACACGCCGCGGUCUUAUGCCUCCUGGAUCCAGCGGUUUCCUGCGUCAUUUGAUGUCGUCUGUCCACCUAAAGUCUAGACCUGGGGUGGGCAAACUUCGGGGUGCCAAAAAAUUCCUAGGAAAUCUGAUGAGGGCCACAUUUUUUCGACACUCUGCGUCAAUUUUCCUUUUUUUUUUAGAGAUAAGACACUUUAUUUUUAUAAUCAAGACUUACAAUCUAGUUUAAGUUUUAAAACCAUAGUUUUUACAUGUAGUAAUCGAUUUUAACGUCGAUUAAACUGAAGUUACCAAUCACACAUAAUAUACGCCAACAAGCAAAAUGUUUUGACCGAUUUCGUGAAAUUGUUGAAUCGAUUCAACAAUAUUUAGUAAUCCAUUUAAAAAAAAAAAACAAUUAGUUUAGCAUUCAAAUAAUUUAGUAUUCCACGUUUACUAAUAAACCUGUAAUUUUUAGUAAAAAACUUACGGCUGAUAUUUUGUUAAGGGCCGAUUGCACCAACGUAAAUCAAGUCUUAUCGGAGCGUAAAUUUCAAAUUUUGGCAGGUUUUCAAUACAAAAAAUGUUUUCAGGCUCAAUUUACUCUUUGGUUAGAUUUCACUCGACGUUGGUGAAAUCGGCACUUACUAAUUUAAAGUACUGGGUGUAGUGGUAAGAGUUUUUUUAAUACUAAGUAUAACUUUGAAGAAUAGAGUAGUAACAAUUUAAUUAAAUGAAUGUUAAAACUACGUAUAAGUGCCUAAAUAUCUAAUAUAUACUUAAUAUUGUAUUUAACUGGAUGUAAAAAUUAAAAAAAUGUCGUCUUUACACUAUGUACUUUUGUACGGAAGAGAUAAAAUUAUGACUUACAGACUUCGUUUAUUUUAUGUACCUAGAUAUCCUAUUUAGGUUUCAAUUACUUUUGAAAACAAAAUGUUUUUUAGUCCUUUACUUUUACGAGUAUAUACUCUACAAAGUAAUGGAUUCCAUUGUAAUGGUACAGUCAGCGAUAUAAAUGUUUUGUGGGCAAAGUAAAAUGGCACAGUAAAACUAAUCUGACUACAAAACAUUACCUACAUGGUAGGUACAUUAAAAUGUCGUACCUACUAGUAUUAAUUAGCGCAAAGCCGUGAGUGACGGAGCUAAUUAGUUGUAAUUAAUAAUUAAUUAUCCAUUACAUUUGCUGUUUACUGUUGAGACUUGACAGUUUCGACAAAAUUAUUCAUCAAUCUGUCUGUAAUCUGUCGAUAAUAAUCAAUUACUUAGCAAUGUUAAAGUAUUUGUCAAAAAACCCGAUCAAGUGCGACUCAGACUUUUCUAUAGAUACAUUACAUACUCACUAAUAUUAAGAGUAUAAUGAGGUAAAAUUGGUUAGUUAGUAAGUUUGUAUGGAGGGGUAAUCUUCAAAACUAAUGAUCCAAUUCAUAAAAAUAUUUCACUGAUAGAUACAGUCAAAGGCCAUAAGUCGUUUAGCACCUUAAUGAUCAUAUUCCCGUGGCACGGUUAUGCACACGCGUUAUGUUGUGUGGCGUGUUAAUAGAAAGAGGUCAUAAGUGCGUUUUUGAUGCAAUAGUUUUCCCGGAAUUGUUUGUCGAAUUCUGAGGCCGACCGUUCCUACAUAAUCUCCUAGUGUUAUUAUAUCACGCGGGUGAAGUCGCGGUCAAUAGCUAUAGUAUCAAAUUACCUAAGUAAGUUAUCAACAGAUUAGAGAUCGAUUGAUAGCAUAUCUCGACUUGUCUCAUUUUGAUCUAACGCGCUAAGCUGCGCCUCAAAUGUCGCUAUGUGCAAAGGCUUUAACACCGCUUAGUCUGUGACUACUUAAUAAAUACUCUGUUAUGUGAA